CGGUCAAUCUUCCUUAUUGUCGGAUCCGCUCAGACAGACCAGACCCACUGAACAAUGUCAACUCAGUCGCCCGCAGCCACUUUGACGACCACGUUGACUCCGACUCUUGCUCCUGCUACUACUACUACUACUUCCACCACCACCACUGUUGGCUCGGGAGUGCUGCCGCCCGCCUCGUUCGCAGCCGCUGUCGAUGCAUUGGGACCGGGCGAGCGCAACUUUCUACGGAGGACCUUCCGCCGACUCGCUCCUCCGCCCGCGUCGUCCAGCAGCAACAGUAGUAGUAGCAGCAGUGGUGGUAGCAGUGGUGGUAGCAGUGGUGGUGGUGGUGCAGAGCAGCUUCAAUCUGCCGCUGCCGCUGCUGCUGCUGCUGACGCGCCCGACCCCGCCUACCCCGCCUCGACUCCUACUACGACUACGACCACUGCUGCUGCGACUGCCAGUACGAGUACCAGUACUACUGCGAGUGGAUCCGGAGACAAUGCUGUGAACGCGACCAUCCAGAACUCGACGCCCACCGCCGUUGUUGCAAAUCCAUCGUUGGCAGGAUCCUCCGCAGCUGCACUGCUCAACAAGCACAUCUUCCAGCCCAUCGCCUCAAGCCUUUUGAGUGCCGCGAGCAACGAUGCUCGCAUCUUCUGGGACAAGGAAACCUUUUUCAGCUUCUUCCAGCUGCCGGGCGUGUUUGGCGAGCGUCUCUUCUCGGUGAUGGAUCGACGGAGACUGCACACUGGCAUUUCAUGCGAGGACUUUAUUGCCUUCUUUGCCGUGUUUGCGCGCGGCUCGGACGAAGACAAGUACGCCCUGAUUUACCGUCUGUUUGACAUUUCCGAGCACCCGCUCGGCAUUCGCCAGGAAGACUUGCGCUCUGUCUUGCUGGCCAUCAUCAUAACUGCCGCACACGAGUUUGGCCUUGCUGGUGCCGACGACGCGACCAUCUCCCAGACUGUCGAGGACAUGGUUGCAGAUGCCUUCCCCGCGCCUCCUGCCCUCAAACAGCAACCGAGCAGCUUGAGUGGUCGCGGUAGCGGCAGUGCCCUCCCAAUCGCCACAACUACAACUACAACCACACCGCCAGCAUCCAGCAUUGUGCCUCUAACCUCGCUCGCAGCGUCGCGCUAUCUUGCUUACGACCGAUUCAAGCAAUGGGCAGGCCGACACCCCUCUGUCGCGUCUGCCGUGUUUUUCAACAAGCACCUGGCACACAUGACGCUGACGGAUCCCUUCCGCAACAAGCGACUCACUGCGUAUGACAAUGAGACGGUGGCACCCAACACUAGCAACGCAACCCUGAAUGCAGCCAACGCCGCAGCAGCAGCCGCCGCGGCCGCGCAUGUUGCUCAUCUGCACGGCGCGGAGGUGAGCGACGAUGCUCUCGCGACAUUUGCCGUCGAGUCUUCCGUCAGCUCUGCCUCAUACAGCGACUCUCUGGGCGGCUUUUCCAGCAGCGGCGGUAGCGGCUUUAGCAGCAGCAACAGCAGCGCUCAUUUACCGCCAAUGCACGGCAUGCUUACUGCGGAAGAGUCUGCUGUUGCCUCCGCAACAGCGUCCAACGCAGCAACCGCCGCUGCUGCGCCAACCUCUGGCGAUGCGUCCUAUCGCACCGUCAAGCGAGGCUAUCUCUUCGCGCACGAAGGCAACGUGUUCAAGCCAUGGGUCAAGCACUACUACGUGUUGCGCGACACGACAUGCUACUUUUACGAGACUCCCCAGGACGAAAUCCCGCAAGGCGUCGUCUUUGUCAGCGGUCAGCACGUUCGUGUGGUCAACCAGAACGCACCCGCCAUCUCGUCCGGGUCGCGCUUUCCCUUCACGCUUGUCUUGCAGGACGGUCGUCUCGCAGAGCAACUUGCAGCCGACUCUGAGCGCUCGCGCAUCGAGUGGUGCAAUGCCAUUUCGGCUGCUGCUCGCAUGCAAACCGUCGAGGACGAGUACGAAAUCUUGGACGACCAGGCCGUCGGGCACGGACGCUUCUCCACCGUCUGUGCAGCCGUGCAUCGCCAUUCGCGCCAGCGGUAUGCAGUCAAAAUUAUCGACCGUCGCGACAUGGAGGAUGACGAGCGCGAGGCUCUCUUGUCAGAGAUUGCCAUCAUGAAGCUGUUGCACCACCCCAGCACCAUCCGCUUCCAAAACGUCUUUGUCACGCCAUCCACCAUGCACAUUGUCAUGGAGCUCAUGGAGGGCGGCGAUUUGCUGCAGCGCAUCACGUUGAACGAGCAGACGGGCGCAGUCUUUUCGGAGGGCCGUGCGCGGCAAGUCAUGCGUCAGGUCAUUCGCGGAGCAGCCUACCUGCAUUCGCUCGGCAUUGUGCACCGAGACCUCAAGCCCAACAAUGUGCUGUUUGCUUCGCACGCCAGGAAUUCUCCCGUCAAGAUUGUUGAUUUUGGGUUUGCGCAGUUUCUUGGCAAGUCGCGCUUGCUCUCCGGAGCGUGCGGCACCUUCAAGUACUUUGCGCCAGAGCUGCUGUCCAACAAGAGCUAUGAUUCGGCUGUUGACAUUUGGUGCCUCGGCGUCAUGUUGUACCGCAUGGUCUGCGGACAAUACCCGUUUCCAGGCGAAACGGAAAACGAGAUGGUCGCAUCCAUUUCUGGCGCGCUCUUUGUUCGCGACGAACGGUGGGCUGCGCUUUCCCCGCCGCUCAAAUUUUUGAUUCAGCAACUUCUGCAAGCCGAAGCAAAUGCGCGCCCGACAGCGGUGGCGGCGCUAGAGUUUGAGUGGUUUUUGGCGCCGGACAGCAUUCCUGGCGUCCCCGAUUCGCCCCUCGCAAUGAUUCCCGCGCCAGCUCCUGUCAACCUGUCUGAUCGUCCAGCAACGUUGCGUCUGCCCCCAACAUUGAGCACACGCGCUGAUUCUCCGAGUCGGAUGAUGCUGGCGCAAGCCGUCCCCACCCAGGCUGCUUCUUCUCCUCGAGGAACAAGUGCCUCGCCAUCGUUGCCAUCAUCUUCCGAGCCGACUCGCGGCGUGCUGACGUUAGGAAGCAUUGCAUUGGACGGACCUGGGGGCGCUGAUGACCCGAGCGGUGCCAUUCUCUCUCCUCGAGCAGGGCAAGCGCCCAGCACGUUUUUCUCGGCAGCAGCAGCAACCUCGUUAUCGAACAAGGCGCCAGAAGUGCUUGUCGGCAAUCUAGUUUACUCUUUGCAGACGCAGCCUUGGGAGGUCACUCGAGUUCGAUCGCGAUCGUUCAACCACAUUGGCGCACUUCCACCCGUGCCUGCACGAUCAGUGUCGCAGAUCGACCACAGCGAGCUAGUAGAUGAGCUCAUCACCGCCUGGGAUGUUAAAUCGUCCUUCCCAGGGCCCGCACCUCACUCGAGCUUCAACCCUCUCAAAACCUCGGCAAGCAGCGGGCCUCCAACCUCCGGAAGCAGCACUGGGGCCAGCAACAUUCCUCAGUACACCUUGCUUCCCGCUCAUCUGCUUUUGCACUGCCUCGACCAAAUCGAACGCCAGUGCAUGUUGCAGCAAGUGCUGGACAAGAAAGAGCAGGAAGAGAGGCAAAAGCAGACGACGCUGGAGCAGAACGAAGCCUCGCUGCCCUCCACGCCCGUCCGCCUCCCAUCGCGUGGCGACAGCAUUGAGCAUUCUGGACUUACAACAGACGAUCUCAUGGCCACGGCUUUGGGGCCCGCAAGUCCUGGCACACCAAAAUCGCCCGAUGCGCUGCAGCUUCCCGCCGAUAACAACCACAACCUCACACUCCACGAUCGAGAGAAGGCACAUGACGCCUGGGUUUUGGAUGCCGAUUUCGAGUCGCCGUCCAAUCCCUACAUUGGGUUGUUGCAAGCCGCUCACAAUCGGUUUGUUGCGCUGUUCAACCGAUCUGGCGCAACUCUGCCCCCGUUGGCCCUCGCUUUUUGGAUGAGCAAUGCUCACUACUUGUACACGCAGUGCCGCGUGAGGCCAGUUCAGCAACGCUCACAGCUCAUUGCACGGCAGACUCUUGCGCUUGGAUCUGCCAUCAACAUGUUCUUCCGGGCGUUCGUCGAACGCUGUCGCGCUGCCAUCAGCGGCGUUUUGUUGGAGGGUAUUCUGACUGAGCAAUCCGACGUGCGGCCCUCCAACUUGGCUCACGACGACUUUUGGACUGCGGCCUUUUCCAGUUCUCCAGACCAGACCAACUAUUCUGCGUCGUCCACAUCGUCGUCGUCGUCGUCGUCGUCGUCAAACCGCGUGCUGAAGCUUACCCAGCUGCUUAGUCAGCUCGAGCUGUUCCGCCUUUGCUUGCGCGAUUGCCGCGUACAUGCCUCCAUUGCAUCGCAGUUUGCGCAGUGCAUGGCCGAGUACAUUGGCACCAUCGCACUGAACGCUCUGCUGUCCCGUUCGGAACUGUGCACUCCGAUGAAUGGCAUCUACAUUCGGCAAAACCUGUCUCAACUGGAGGAGUGGUGCCGCAAAACAGAUAGCAAACUGGCGUUGGACGCUCUCGCACCCAUCGUCCAAGCUGCCAGUCUCCUGCAAGUGGCGCAACCAGGGCUGUCUGCACGCGAUGCUGUCCGCGAUAUUUGCCCGCGGCUCAAGUUUGUUCAAGCAGAGCUGCUCAUCCGAGGCUGCUGUUUGGACAUGGGCAUGACUCGCACAUCUGGCGAGAGCGAGGCCGAGCUGGCUCAUGCCGAUUCGAUCGCCGCAACCCCCGUGCUUCCGACGGACAACUCGCACAAUCUGCCUACUUCUCCCCGCCGGCAUCAUUCGCGGCCGUUCAGCGAAGGCGACUCGUUUUCGGUUGACGAAGAGGCGCUGAAUGCUUCGCACAUUCAUGAAAGCAGCGACGAGGAAGGCGAGCUGACCUCGUCUCCUCGUAUGCCCGGAGCAUUUUCGGAGUCUCGCGACCGUGGAGUGUCGCCCUUUGCCGCCGUGCUCGCUGGGAACACUUCCGGCCUGGACGAUAUUACCGAGUCGUCCUUGUUGCAAAGUGUAGCAGUUCCAGUCCUGCGCAUCCCUUUCGACGAGCAAGCCGAGCCGAUCAGUGUGACGGACCUGCCUCUUCCCGCAGGUCUAGUUCUCCGCGUUCUGCAGCGAGCGUAGAAGCCGUCUCCUUUCCACUUGAAUGUGUUUUUGUAGUAAUUCAACAAUAAUGAAGACCUCGAGAGGCAAGAACAAAAGUAACUGGUGCUGAUGCGAUUAUCAUGCAGUUGGCUUUCCUCCAA